AUGCUACGCUGGUCACCUCAACUCCUGCGUUUGCGCCUUGCAGGUGCGUUUGCUUGCACAGCCCCACUCCACAGCCGCACAGGAGCCUUUCAGCCUUUCUCGCAAAGGGAUGAGGAUGACCUGCUGCAGGUUGUAAAGACAAAGCCGCGGCAUGUUCUCCGGUACGUUCGCCAGCAGGUCUGGCGAUCUCGCAAACGUGAACUGCAGUUCCGAAAUACAGUGACGCACCUGAUGAUUCUACUGCAGGAGUUCCUCCGCAGGCAGCUCGUUGACCCAGCCAAUGCAUCCCAGAUCGUGGAGGGCGUGCUCGAGGAGUGCGUCAAGUACGCGCAGCAUGAUAUGGCUCACCUGCUCUUUCGCGCACUUCUCCGUUUCCGCAAGUACGGUUGUGUGAUUACUGUCAACUCUAUUCGCUGUCUGUUCGAGUCCUAUCGCAACAAUGACAGCGGUGAACUCAUGUACCAACUCGCGCAGGAAAUGAAGGAUGUGCCAGAACUUCGGCCGCUUUGUAUCGCUGCAUACUUGUUUGCGAACCGCGAAGCCGACGCGGAAGCCCUACGCGAGGGGUUGUCGCUGACGGAGCUAGGAUCAGAGGACGUUCUGGCGCUCAUCUCUGGCUACGAGAAGUUGAGACGUGUAGAAAAACUCCAGGAGAUUCUUCAGGCUGUCUCAGGCAUGUCCACCGACAAGAUACGAACGGAGGUGUGCUCGGCACUGUUUCGCGCAUUUUUCAAGCUCGACGACGACACAAGCUUCACGCAGACGCUUCAGGUUGCUCUAGAGCACAAGCUACCGUUGUCCGCUGAUGUGUGCGCGACAGCGCUGCGGCAUAAGAUGCGGCAUGUGACCAGUGUGGAGGAGAUCCCUGCCAUCGAGGAGGAGCUGAAGGAGCUGGGGUAUGUGCCGGAUGCAACGGGUGACUCUAUCGUCAUCACCGCCUACGCCCGUCUACUUCACUUUGGUGACCGUGGCAGUGAGGAGCUCAUGCUCGCCAAGGUGGACACACUGCUGUCGUCCGUCGCGUCCCGCAUCCAGCAAGGCGAUCCUGACAUGGACAUCAGUGCUGCGCACAUCCGCGCCGUCAUUCGCGGCUACGGGGCUGCUGGCCGACCUGAAGCGAUCAAGAGCGCAUGGAAGCGGAUGCAGUUCCACUCCCUCACGAACGACGUGCGCAUUUACAAUGAGUUGCUAAAGUGGUUUGCCCUCAUGGGCAAUGUCAAGGACGUGCUCGCCACAAAGAGAGAGAUGGAGAGCAACGGCGUCAGUCCAGACGCCGUCACGUACACGUGGGUAUUUCGUGCUCUCGGUAAGUACUAUCCGAGGCACGUGGAGGAGUACUACGCAGAGAUGCAGGAGCGGCGUGUUCGUCCUGACAUUCACCUCUACACCACGCUUCUGGGUAUAUUUGGGGACCUCGGGCAGACGAACACUGUCGAGGCGCUUCUCUCAGAGCUGCGAAAGCGUGAGGAGGCCGGCACGGUUCAGCUCACGCCCAUCACGUUUGCCGUGCUCAUUCGCAUCCAUGGCGGUGAUCUUGACAGGGCAAAAGCUCUUUACGCUGAAGCCCAGCAGAGAAACGCCAGUGAUCAUCCGCACGUCCAGACAAGCAUGCUACAUGCCCUCGCUAUCCACAAAGGAAGCACCGCUGGUGAUGUCGACGAGUUUUUGAAGACGAUUCCGACCUGGAGCACGGAUGUGUACAACGUACUCUUGCACAUGUACGGGAAGCACAUGGACCGCGAUAGGUUCGACGCGACGCUGAAUAAGAUGAAGUCGGAAUCUGUGGCGAUGAAUGAUGUCACCUUUGGCACCCUCAUCACCGCGUUUGCUCGCUGGGGGGAGGGUGAAAAGGUGAACGAGGUCAUCCAGCUGCUCAAGUCUCACGAUGGCGAAAUCUCCGCCACUUUUUACUCGGUACUCGCCUCCUCUCUCAGCCGCAUGGGCAAUCCAGAGGGCGUCGAGAACGCCUGGGAGGACCUCCUAGCCUCCCGGCUCUUCCCUGAUACGGAGGUGUACAACCAGUUUUUGUCUCUCUAUAGCCGCCAAAACAACAUGUCCAAGAUGCAGGGCGUGCUCGACAACAUGAUGAAGCAAGUGCCACCAAACCCAGUCACGGCCACCACAGUUCUCGACAUGCUCGGCAAGUCAGGGCGCGUGUCAGAGAUGGAGACCCUCUUCGACGACAUGAAGUCUACGCCAGACACGGCGCCAACGUCCGUCACGUUUCACCAGGUCAUGAACGCCUAUGCCAAGACAGGGGAUGUGGUGAAGAUGGGAAAGAUCCACGAGGAGUUCUUGGAGAAGGGCUACACGGAUAACAACGUCACCUACAACAUUCUCAUGGACGGUCACGGGCGGGCCAAAGCAUAUGAGCAGUUAGAGGAGCUCCGCCAGAAGCGCAGCGCUGCGGGUAUCGCGAUGGACGACAUCACCUACUGCAUCAUGAUCUCCGCCUACGGCCGCUCCCGACUCGGGAAGGACGUGCAGCGUCUGUUCGACGAAGUCACCAAAGAGGAGAACCGAGCUCUUCUGACAAAGCGAGUGGUCUGGUCGGCGAUCGAUGCGUUCUGCCGCUGCAACGCUACUUCUGGGAUCCAGAGGUGCGAGGAGCUGCUGCGGGCGCUGGGAGGCGAGGGCGGCACGCUCAGCGCCUCUGACUAUUGCGGCCUUAUUCCCUACUACUGCCGCAUGGGCCAGAUGGAGAAAGUCGAGGACGUCGUGCGACUUCUUCAUGAAAAGGGCGAGGCUGAGGCGUUGACGUACAACGCCCUCAACGCGAUCGCGCGAGGUUAUGCUCGCACUGGCCGAUUUGAUAAGACAGUGGAGACGUUGCAUCAAAUUCGUGAUCGCAAUUGGGUGCCCGACGCAGCGACGGCACUGCAGCUCUCGGCUGCGUUCCUCAAAGCAGGGCUUCACGAGCAAGCGCAACAGAUCAUUGAAUGGCGUCGACAGUAUGCUAAGGUGGCGGGUAGCGGUGUGAUCUCCGCCAUAGAACAUAGUGAAAAGUAG